ACAACGCUUCAGCUGUCUAAAAAUUCAGUUUCCAGAAGUGGCUUUCGUGUCGGAUCGUGAUCCGGUUGCGCCUCCAGUGAAGGGAGGAGUGGUUAUCAGUUUCUCCAGUGAAGGGAGGAGCUGCCACCGCACAAAAAUGCAGCAUUUCACCAGUCCAUGUGCAAUAUUCGGGUAAAACUGAUUUAUUUGCUAAAACACUAAUCUGGAGCGUGUCCCCCAGUUAGUGUGAUCCAUGCGUUAUUGGAUCUUCUCGGCCUGGGUUAGGCGAACAAACGCGAGGAGCACCAGUGUCGCCAAAUAUGAUGGCAUCUCUGUGGUAGGAUGAGAAGUCCAGUGCCGCGCUUCAGGGACGUCGAGAGGCAGGCCAGUGGCCUUCAGCCCCCACAGUGUCUUCCUUCCUGUCAUGAGCGUCAGAGCAGCAUGUGGUUCAUCAAAGACGCCUGUGGUAUCGUGUGUGCGAUCAUCACCUGGUUUCUCGUCUUCUUCGCUGAGUUCGUUGUGCUGUUCGUCAUGCUGAUUCCAUCCAAAAACCUCACAUACAGCCUGGUGAACGGCACCCUGUUCAACAGCCUGGCCUUCCUCGCCUUGGCCUCGCAUUUCAGAGCCAUGUGCACCGACCCUGGAGCUGUGCCAAAGGGCAAUGCCACCAAGGAGUACAUCGAGAGUUUGCAGCUGAAGCCAGGCCAGGUGGUUUACAAAUGUCCCAAGUGCUGCAGUAUUAAGCCGGAUAGAGCUCACCACUGCAGUGUUUGUAAGCGCUGUAUACGCAAGAUGGAUCAUCAUUGCCCUUGGGUUAACAAUUGUGUCGGGGAAAAUAACCAGAAGUACUUUGUGCUUUUCACAAUGUACAUUUGCCUGAUCUCCCUGCAUUCCUUGGUCAUGGUGGUUUUUCAUUUCCUCAACUGCUUUGAAGAUGACUGGACAAAGUGCAGUACCUUCUCCCCUCCUGCCACCGUCAUCCUCCUCAUCCUCCUGUGCUUUGAGGGCCUCCUCUUCCUCAUCUUCACCUCUGUGAUGUUUGGCACCCAAGUCCAUUCCAUCUGCACAGAUGAGACGGGUAUAGAGCAGUUGAAAAAGGAAGAGAGAAGAUGGGCUAAAAAAACAAAAUGGAUGAACAUGAAGGCGGUAUUCGGACACCCCUUCUCGAUAGCAUGGUUUAGCCCGUUUUCUACACCCGACCACGGAAAAGCCGACCCCUACCAGUAUGUGGUCUGAGCUCAGGAAGCUUUUAAGCUAGAGACUCAUGUGCACUUGGACUGCGCUUAUAAACAGCGUCUUUUCCCUUCUUUAUCCUGAUUUGACCAGAGCAUUCGCCAGUGAGACUAAAUCACCUUUAUUAUCUUGUUUAGUUUUUUUUUUUUUUUUUCAGCGAACUACUCAUUUAUUUUCAAACAUUUGUAUGCUCAUAUUUAUUUCAAGUACAGCCAUGAAGUGGAAGCUUUAUCAUGUCCUAAUCUCUGCUGAGCUACACGGAAAUGAAGACGGAUGAUGCACAGAUAAUACACAUGCGUUUAUGCUAAUAUAAUCACUGCUGUAAUCUCAGAAUGUCGCCCUAAAUGAUAAGCUACUGUCUUAAAGUACUUUUAAAGGGGUCUUAUUAUGCCAUUUACAUUCCCAAACGCACAUUAGCUAUAAAAAAGAUCCAUAAAGUCCACAUUCUUAAAAAGAGCCAUUAUAUCAAUAAGCAGCGUUUCUGAACUCCUUUCUAAUGCCUCCAAUGUAGUCAUGCGGGGUUGUUGUUUUUUUUACUCGUAAACAUUAGACUAUUUAGAUGUAUGUCUGAGAGACACAGUUUUACCAAUCUAGUAAACUGAUGCAUAACCCGUGUCCAUGCAUUACUAAUAUUAUGUCAGCUUGUGUAUUUGUGAGUGCUUAUAAGCUUGUAUGUAUUAGAGACAUUCCAAAAUGAUCAAUAUCAUACAUCAUGAUCGUUAUAUACUGUUUAUAAUGUGUGGCCGUGUGUAGUAUAAAUGAAAUUUGAAGAUACUACAUGUGCCAUGUUUUCACUGUGACGUGACUUUACACUGUCAUUUGCAUUGCUCUACUUCCGUUUACAAAUCCUGGCAUGUAGCAUAAAAGUGGGCAUUUUAAAGGCUUUAAAACAUAAGCAGCUCCAUCCUCUUCUGGAAAUGUGUCAUGAAGCAGCUGCUAAUUUGGAUUUAAAGUCUGUGUGAAAUCAACAUUUACAAUGUUUUAUUUUGCUAGCGCACAUUGCUAUUCUUUAGGUAAACAAUUAAUCAGUGCAAGUUAAUUUUGCUUUUACUUCUGGAGUGACAGUUCUUCACUUUUGAGGUCAGUUUGACAGCUUCUGCCACUGUCCACUUUUUAAAAUCAUGACCUAUUGGUCACAUAUAUAAUACAGUUUCCAGGUCCAAGCCGCUACUAAUUGUAAUUGAGAAAAUAUUUGUUUAUGACCACUUUUCAGUCAUAUCAUACAUUUAAAGUGAAUUUUAUUUUAAAAAUCAUGGUAUACACGUGAUAUAUUGCAAUGGUGAUUUUCGAAAGUAAUACAGUGCAU